AAAAAACAACAUCAAUUACAAGAAUGAAACAAAACAAAAAAACAAUAAUAAACAACUUUACUAUAAGCUUGAAACUCUUGUUAAAUUGUGGGUUGGUCUUGGUCCCAUAAGAAGAACAUUCGAUCUUUCACUUAUAUAACCGAUUCGUUCAAAGCCGACAAGUCAAUAGCUUCAUAGUUCAGACGUGAGUGAGAAGUGUUCUAAGAGUAACCAUCGUUUUUAUAUAGCAAAUAUUUUCCCUCUCGGAAGCAAGAAAAUGUGGUAUUUAAAGUAUUUUGUGUGGGUUCUUGUUGUGACUGCCUUCGCUGAAAGUGCUGAACUACCUGAGGACGACAGUGAUCCAUCGCUAACCCCAAGUAGCUACGCUUUUUCAUUUGAAACUCAAAAUGGCCAAGUUAGAGACGAAAGCAUAGAUGUAGACCCUGACUCGAAUCCAGGUUCCAAAGAACCGGAAGCUGAUCUAAAUGUCAAAGGAAGUUAUAGUUUCAUAUCGGCUGAUGGCUAUGAGUACAGCACUUAUUACAAAGCUGGCAAAAAUGGUUACCAGCCUUAUGUGACAGCACAUAAAAUAAAGACAGAUACAACAGAAAAGCCUAAGCUUUUAAAGCCUGCUGAUGAUAAAGCGUAAAGUUGUGAUUGUUUAUUCUUUGAUUUAAAUUAUUAAAAAUAAUAUUAUGUAUGGUAAUAUUAAGUAUUGUGUGAUUUCAUCUUUGAAUAGAAGAAAGCCUGAAAUUGGAAUAAAUAAUUUGUAUCAAUUUUAUAAUUUGAA